AUGCUGAACAAGCUGCAGGGGCAGCCCGAGAGUUACGAGAAGAAAGCACAGUAUCGUUUCGGAAAGACGCUCGGCGCAGGAACAUAUGGAAUCGUUCGAGAGGCAGACAGCCCAAACGGGAAAGUUGCCGUGAAGAUUAUUCUCAAGAAGAACGUCAAGGGGAACGAGCAGAUGGUGUACGAUGAGCUGGACAUGCUACAGAGACUUCAUCAUCCAAACAUCGUCAGAUUCCAUGAUUGGUUUGAAUCAAAGCUGGCCACUGGUGGUGAACUCUUUGAUAGAAUCUGCGAUUAUGGACGAUUCACCGAGAAGGAUGCGUCACAGACGAUCAGACAAGUUCUAGAUGCCGUCAACUACCUUCAUGAGCGUAAUGUGGUCCAUCGAGAUUUGAAACCGGAAAACCUUCUAUAUCUCACCACCGAGCAGGAGUCUCCCCUGGUCCUUGCAGAUUUUGGUAUUGCAAAGAUGCUUGAAAGUGACUCUGACGUGCUCACAUCUAUGGCUGGAUCAUUUGGAUAUGCCGCCCCUGAAGUAAUGCUAAAACAAGGCCACGGCAAAGCGGUCGACAUGUGGUCCAUGGGCGUUAUCACCUACACACUCCUCUGCGGAUACUCGCCCUUCCGGUCAGAGUCUCUCAAUGAUCUGAUCGAAGAGUGUCGAACCGGCCGCAUCGUCUUCCACGAACGAUACUGGAAAGAUGUUUCCAAGGAUGCAAAGGACUUUAUCCUCACCCUCCUUCAGCCGGACCCCACCCUCCGAUCAACCAGUGAACAAGCUCUGCAGCACAGGUGGCUCAAGGGUGAAACGGCCACAGACCACAACAUUCUUCCUGAACUCAAGACCUAUAUUGCUCGUAACCGACUAAAGCGCGGAAUCGAAAUCAUCAAACUUGCCAAUCGUAUCGAGGCUUUGAAGAUGCAAGACGAAGGUGAUGAUAUUCCAGGAGCUGUCGAGGAGCCUGAUGAUAAGACAGCGGGUAACUCUGCCGCUGACGCUAAGCCUUCUACCGCCUCCGAAGGUGCGCCAUCCAACAAGGGCCGCCUCAGUAGACUUGCGCGAGGAGCUAUCUUCAGAGAAGUAGUGCUCGCCAAAGUCCGGGAAAUGAAGCAGCAAGAGCAACAGCACCAAGUCGAAAAGGAAGCUCUUGAGAAAGUGGAGAAAGAUAAGGGGAAGUAA